CACCUUUAGGCCUGUAGCUCGCCACACGCGGCCGCAGCGAUUCAAGAAGACUGCUUGCGCGCACAAACAGGACCCCUGGGGACCGCCAAACAAAAGUGCGCAAUCGUUGCGACGGCACUGAUGUCAAAAGCAAAAGCACACACAGCAGCCCAAAGCACAGCCCAAAAAAGGAGUGAUUGAUCGGUAAAGGAUGGCGGCGCGCCAGAUCAUCCCACAAACGCACGACCCCUGCGCCCUGUGCCACAAGCCCGCCGCAACAAAGCGCUGCGGCCGCUGCCGCGCCGUCGUCUACUGCAGCCGCGAUUGUCAAGCAACGCACUGGAAGCAAGCGCACAAGCUGACCUGCGGCGCAGCACCACCACCAGCCCCGCCGCGGCCGCAGACGCCGGGCGAGCUCGCCGAGGACUGCGCGCGCCAGCUCGCGGAGCGGGGCUUCGCGGCGCUGGGCCCACUCGUCGACCGCGACCGGAGAAACGCGCUGCGGACGCACGCGCGGCACGAGGUCGAGCGCCUGCUCAAGCUGCCGCUCGCCGCCGCGAACGCCCGCUUCGCGAAGAUCCGGAGCCCCGAGCACCGCCACGCCGUCGCGCUCGACCUCACGCCGGCCGUGCGCGACGUCGUCGGCGAAUUAGCGGUGGCCUACGACGCGUGCCGCGCCGCGUUUGCCGGCGACGAGCCGGAGAUCGUCGAGCUCGGCUGCCUCGUCUCGGACGCGGGCGCCGCGGCACAGCCCUGGCACGCCGACGCCGACGCGAACCGGCCGAACACGCGCCAGCUCGUGCUGCUGGUGAACCUCGACGAGCGCGCCGUCGCGGCGACGGAGCUGCUGCCCGGGACGCACGCGCCCACCUUCCACGCGCACGUGCGCGACGCGUUCGGCGGGCGCCUUCCCGACCCGCCGGGGAUGCCCGCGCUGCGCGCCUACGACGCCGCUGGUGCCGCGGUCCUGUACGACGCGGCGCUGUUCCACCGCGCGCCGGCGAACGACGUCGGCCCGCGCCACGUGUUCUACCUGGGCCUCGUGGGCCGCGGCGCGCACGCGACGCAAGGCGCCACGCGCGGCGCGACGAACGCGCUCCUGCCCGAGCUGGCGGGGACGCUGCUGCGGGACCUCAUCGUCGGCGUGCGCUACCUCGGCGCCGCGAGCGGGUCGCGGCACGUGGGGUUUGCGGACCGCGUGGCGAAGAUUAGAGGGUAA